AGAGAAGAAUCUCCUUUCCCCAGCCAUCUUGUGGCUUCACCUAGCGAAGUGUUCGCACCAAUCCUCGUAGAAUCGGAGGAAAAUCCUGCUGAAGGGGCGCCAUCAUGCCCGGACAAAUGCAAGACGGUUUUGGCAUCGCCGUAACCAAUCGGUACGACCAAUUAUUAGACGAUGAAUCGGAUCCGUUUGAGUUGAUGAAGCAGGCUCAGGCUGAGUCCAAGAAGAAGAAGGAGGCUGCCGCUCCCGGUGCCGCCAAGUCUGCAGCCCAGGCGGCUAAACAGCCCAAAAAGGAGUCUCAAAAAGACAGAAAAACCCCGCUGACCGACAAAAAGGCGGAACCCCAAGCUCCCGUCCCGCUAAAGAAAGAUGGCCCCGGCAUGAGGAGAGUGGGCCGCAAGCCGGAAGGCGAAGGCCCCAGACCCCAGGGCAGCCAACAAGGAGAGGGUCGACCCCCCGCAGACAGACGGCCCGUGGACAGGCGGCCCCCUCGUCGCUUCGAGAGGCCGGCCGGUGAGCCCGGCGACAAGCCCGAAGGAGGCGAAUUCUCUGUGGAAAAGCCCAUCGGUGACCGGCCGAUGAGGGGCCGCGGUGGCGGCAGGGGCUUCCGCGGAGGCAGAGGGCGCGGUUUGGGCCGCAGCGACGGUUUUGACUCGAGAGGAAAACGGGAAUUUGACAGACACAGUGGCAGCGACAGAGCUGGUCUAAAAGGCGAAGAGAAGCGUGGUGGAAGUGGAUCUCACAACUGGGGCACAGUCAAAGAUGAACUCAAUGAACUUGACCAGUCGAACGUGACCGAAGAGCCCACCGAAGGCGAGGAGCAUCCACCCGCUGACUCUGAGAACAAAAGGGAGAAUGAGGUGGAGGAGGUAAAGGAGGAAGGCCCCAAAGAGAUGACCCUGGAUGAGUGGAAGGCCAUGCAGGACAAAGAGCGCGCCAAGGUGGAGUUCAACAUCCGCAAAGCCAACGAAGGGGCCGACUGGAACAAAGGAUUCGUGCUGCACAAGUCCAAGGCUGAAGGUAAAAAGGAUGAGCUGAUUGAUUCAGAGGCGUUCGAGUCUAAGAUGGAUGACGAGCCCCACUUCCGUAAACCGGCCAACGACAUCACGUCCCAGCUGGAAAUUAACUUCGGAGACCUGGGACGCCCUGGCCGCGGACGCGGCGGGCCGCGUGGCGGAGGUGGCGGGCGGGGGGGACGUGGACGCGGCGGACCGCCGCCCGGUGAGCGCAGCGGCGACACCCCAAGGCCGGCGCGCGGUGGAAGGGCCGAGAAGUCGUUCGUUUCGGUGCCAAAUGUGGACGACCCCGAGGCCUUCCCGGCCUUAGCCUGAGAGCCUCGGCCACACUUUGGGGGUGGGCCUGCAGGAAGCCCCCCCCGCCAAUCCUUGAGCACCUCUACUAUGAGGCUUGCAUGUUCCUGGAUCCUUCAGUUAAGUGAAACAGCGGAGAAGACUGUCAUGAACCGUGACACUCGAUGUGAGGACUGCGUUUUACCCAAUAAAAACAAAACCAUUGAAAAAAAAAACAAGAAAUUAAGAAAAAAAAACAAAAAUGAAAAAAAGGACUUCUUGCUACUCGGGAGCAGCUUAUUGGUAGAGGUUUUUGUACUUGGAAACAAAGUAGCAGGGAUGCUUUCAUACAGUAUUUUUUUUCAGAGGUUAUGCAUUUGUCCAUUGAUAGACUCUUUUAUAAUUGCUGCUUUCAAAAUCUGCGUUCAGAAAAUAGUCGAGCAUCUACCGCGUGGUGUGCGCUGCUGCCCGUUGGACUCAUUGACAUUUGCAGUUUUGUUUUUGUUCUGCUUCAGCACUGGGAUAUUUUUAUGUAUUUUAUACACAGGAGGGUCUAUAUUCUUGACAUAGACAACCUGCCGAAACUUCAUGAAUUCUUUUAGAUUGUUUUUUUUUUUGACACGACGCAAAGAAGACUCUUUUAAACAAGGCUUCUUUUUGUAUAGCAACAUUAGGUCAUAUUUGGAAGGGGGACAAAAAAGCAUGCAGUUACCAAAUUUGCACAAAUUAUGAGUUAUUUUUUUUGUCCAGUGGGUUCAUUUGAAGCCCUUCCCUUAGUUUAGGAGAUUUUUUUUAAGGGGGGGAGGGUAGAAAGCGCCUUGAGCAUCUACUUGUGCUACUGUUUACACACUCCGCUUCCGUUGGUCACCCACGGCGGCCCGCACCACCGCCCGCAUAAUCGCUCUGAAAGAAAUAACAGUCGUCGCUCAUUGUGUGGAACAACUGACGUGCUUCUGCAAAUGUGUGAAUUCCUGCCCUGCUAUUGGUGGCCUCUGUCGUUAAAUAAAGAUGGUCGGUAAAA